GAGGCAUGUGGUAGACUGUUCUGAGUCUGAAGUGAGGGGUGAGAGGAAUACUCUCUCUCUCUCUCUCUCUCUCUCCCGAGGAUUGAGGAAAGUUUUUUUUUCUGAUUAUUUUAUCUAAAUUUUAAAUUUCCACUUCUGGGUUUCUGGAAAAAGUGUGGGAAAUUCUACCCAGUUUGUAUUUUCUCUGGCUUUUCCCUUCUACUUUCCGAUGCUGGACAUGGACGAUGCAUAUGAGAGACUCAUCAGAAGGAUGAACCCGCCAAGGGUUGUUAUUGAUAAUGACUCUUGCGAAACUGAAACUGUAAUCCAGGUUGACAGUGUUAAUAAACAUGGAAUUCUUCUGGAAGUGGUUCAGAUUCUUGCAGAUCUCAACCUCAUCAUUAAAAAGGCUUAUAUCUCUUCCGAUGGAGGAUGGUUCAUGGAUGUAUUUAAUGUAACCGACCAAGACGGCAAAAAGCUGAUGGACGAAAAGAUCAUUGGUUAUAUUCAAAAGUCCCUUGGACCUGAUGCAAGCUUCUCUCAACCCUUGAUGAGAUCAGUUGGAGUGACGGCUGACAAGAAGCACACUUCCAUUGAACUGAUCGGCUCAGACCGACCUGGCUUACUGUCCGAAGUCUGCGCUGUGCUAACAAACUUGAAAUGUAAUGUGGUCGAAGCUGAAGUCUGGACGCAUAACGCCAGAGCGGCGGCAGUAGUCCGUGUGACAGACGCGACGACGGGCACCGCCAUUGAAGACCCCAAGCGGCUCUCGUCGAUUAAGGAGCUUCUCUGCAGCGUUCUGAAAGGCAACAAUGACUUGAGCACUGCUAAAACCAGAGUCUCCCUGGAGGUUGUGCACAGGCAGAGGAGGCUGCACCAAAUGAUGUACGAAGACCGAGACUACGAACGGACCGAGAGAGCGGCCCCUGCGAGGGAUGGAGAUGCUACGGGCCUCAGGCCUCAAGUCACUCUUACGGACUGCUCAGAAAAGGAUUACUCUGUUGUGAUGAUGCAGUCCAAGGACCGGCCAAAGCUGCUCUUCGACACGGUCUGCACUCUAACUGAUAUGCAGUAUGUAGUCUUCCAUGGAAAAGUUGAUACAACGAGGAUGGAAGCUUACCAGGAAUACUAUAUCAGACAUGUCGAUGGUUUCCCUAUCAACUCUGAGCCAGAGAGGCAACGAGUGAUCCAGUGUCUGGAAGCAGCUAUCGAGAGGAGAGCAUCAGAGGGAUUGAGAAUAGAACUGAGCACAGACGACAGGGUGGGCCUUCUCUCUGAUGUCACAAGGAUAUUCCGUGAAAACAGUUUAUGCAUCACAAGAGCAGAGAUCACAACCAAGGACAGCCAAGCAGUCGAUACUUUCUACGUCCAAGACAUCUCCGGUAAUCCUGUUGAUAGUAAGUCAAUAGAAUCAAUACGUCAGCAACUCGGUAAAAUGGUUAUGAAGGUGAAGCAAGGAUCCGCUCUCCCUCCAAGCACUCCACCCCAAGAGACAAUCACUGGAUUUCUCUUUGGGAACCUAUUCAAGGCUCGGUCACUUCAUAAUUUUAGAUUGAUAAGAUCAUGCUCAUGAGGACCUACGCAGCCUUCAAAACAGCUCAACUAUAUACGAAAACACAAACAAAAAAGACAAGAAGAAUCGAGGCGACAGAAUGCAGUCAAGGUCAUGGCAUGAUCUCUCCAUAUACCAUCGAAGCAAAGACUGCAACACGGUGCAAUACAGUACAUAUGUGUAUAUAUACACUUGUAUACAUGUAUAUAUAUGUAUAUUCAGUUGUGGAGAUAGUGUACAAAAUGUUAUCACAGCAGUGUACAUAGACCAAACAGAAUAGUCAAAUACUUUUACUGUAUACUGUAUAUAUAUUUUCACUUUUUUCAGAAAUUCAACUUCGCUUUCAUGCA